AUGCCUACAUUUAGGAAUCUGCUAUUUAUUGUAUGUUUAUUAUCAAUUCUUAUUCAAAUAUUUGACACUAUGAAAGAAAUUAUAGUUGCAAGUCGAUUUCAUCUUCAUGUUCGUAUGCAUAAUUCUCAAAGUGCUAGUGUUUAUUUUAAAAUAGCAAAAGGUAAUCAUCAACAAAUAUGUCAAAUGUAUAAAUUUACAAUUAGUCAUAAUCAUCAACAUCCGUAUUUAAUAUCCAAAUAA